GCCACAGGCUGCUCUCCUCAUGCAACACCAGCCUCCUCUGUCCUCUUAAGAGGCCCUGGACAACAUAGUUCUGGUUUCUUAUCUGUGAACAGAAGCUGCAGCACUUCAGUGCUCUCUUCCUGCUCAUCCUCUGCUUGGGAAUGAUGUCAACUGCUCCAUCCCCUGAUCCAAGUUUGGAUAAUGAGUGGGAAGAAUGGAAGACGAAAUUUGCAAAAACCUACAGACUGGAUGAAGAAAGACACAGAAGACUAGUGUGGGAGGAGAGUAAAAAGAAAAUUGAGGCGCACAAUGCAGACUAUGAGAAGGGCAAGACCAGCUUCUCCAUGGGCCUGAAUCAAUUUAGUGACUUGACCCCAGAAGAAUUCAGGACAAAUUGCUGUGGAAACUCAAUGUGUAGAGGAGAAAUGGCUCCUGAUUUGCCUGAAUAUGAAGAUUUGGGAAAGAACAGCUAUCUGACACGUGGAAGGGAUCAGCCAGAGUAACAGUUGUGGCUUGACUGGUAACAAUAGCAUAGGCUAGGAGUGAAGCAAGCACUCUGCCAUUGCCUUGGAAGUCUUCUGUCUCCUGGUAUGAAAGGAAUGAUGCUGGAGAGGUUCAACAGCAGGAAGCAGCCCAUCACAGUGUCCAGCAUGUGCUGUGUGAUAUGCAAAACUGAAUUCAUGUAAGAUCAACAGUGUGGUGUGAACUCUGAGGCACAGUCAUACUGAGAAAUCAUUGCCAAUUUUUAGCUCUGAAGUUCCUUAAAUGAUUCUCACAAGGAUCUUUAAUUUUCACUUUAAUAAGAUGAAUAUAUGCCAUGAUAUCUUAAAAUUAAAGCUAGAUAUUAAAUUAGUAUUCUGCUUC